AGGCCCUGCGCUACGCAGAUGGUUUCGCCCAUCCAUAGAGGCGCCUCCCCUCCCCUUCGAAGAGAAUGGUACGGCCCAGAAGCAGCGCGACCAAUCAGAGGCGGCCUUGGUGGAAUUCAAAAGCGGGCCCUGAGCAGGAGGAGAAGAAGAGGCGAGAGAGAAGCGGAAGAGUCAUGGCUGGCGAAGGGGACGUUACAGUCUGCGUCAGGGUGCGCCCGCUGCUUGCCAGAGAAAAUGAAGACCUUGAUGAUAAAGGACAAAUGGCAUGGAAAAGUGAAGACUGUACUGUGUCACAAAUAGACGGGACCAGGUCUUUUACCUUUGAUCGUGUGUUUCAUUCUGAAGAUAGUACCACCAAAGUCUACCAGGGUGUGGCUGCUCCUAUUAUAAAGUCUGCUGUUCAGGGAUACAAUGGCACAAUUUUUGCUUAUGGUCAAACAGCUUCCGGCAAGACCUACACAAUGUUGGGCACACGGGAUUGUCCUGGUAUCUUACCUAUGGCGAUUCAUGAUGUCUUCAAUACAAUUUGCAAAAUUCCAGACAGAGAAUUCCUACUCCGUAUAUCAUAUAUGGAGAUUCACAACGAAACCAUUCAAGACCUACUGUGCAUUAACAUUAGGAAAAAGAAACCAUUAGUUGUUCGUGAAGACAUCAAUAGGACAAUUUACGUUGAAGAUCUGAGCGAGGAAGUGGUGAUUUCUCCAGAGCAAGUGCUGAACUGGAUACAGAAAGGCGAAAAAAACAGGCACUAUGGUGAGACGAAAAUGAAUGAACGAAGCAGCCGCUCUCAUACGAUUUUCAGAAUGAUAAUUGAAAGUAAGGAAAAAGAUACUUCCAGCUCAAGCUAUGAAGGAGCUGUAAUGGUCUCUCACUUGAAUUUAGUAGACCUGGCAGGAAGCGAAAGAGCUAGCCAGACCGGCUCUGAAGGUAUUCGAUUAAAAGAAGGCUGUAAUAUAAACCGGAGCCUGUUCAUCUUGAGUCAAGUUAUAAAGAAACUUUGUGAUGAUCAAUCUGGUGGCUUCAUCAACUACAGGGACAGCAAGCUGACACGAAUUCUACAAAAUUCACUGGGUGGAAACGCUAAGACUGUUAUCAUCUGCACAAUUACUCCCGUAUCUCUGGAAGAAACCCUUAGCACUCUUCAGUUUGCCAGUACAGCUAAAAAGAUGAAAAAUACCCCCAAAGUAAAUGAAGUUCUUGAUGAUGAUGCCCUUCUGAAGAGGUAUCGUAAAGAAAUAGAAGACUUAAAACGUCGCCUGGAUGAGGUUUCAUCACACUCUCACACCAAAGACCAGCUCGCACAGCUGCUGGAGGAGAAGGACUCUCUUCAAAAGCAGCAGGAGGACAGGAUAAGAGCACUAACUGAGAUGCUUGUGACAGCAUCUUCUUUCUCACGAGAACAAGAGUUAAAAACUAAAAGGAAGAGGAGAGUUACUUGGGCUCCUGGAGCAAUAAGCCAGGAUGCGGGACUAUGUUUCUUGGAAGACCUUCCUAGUAGAGGCAAACGAUUUAAAGCAUCUUUCUCUUCUCUUCCAGAGAUGGAAGAAUCUAUGUCUUCAGAGUUCUCAGACAUUACAGCCAGUGGUGCACUACCUGAAGAAGAGUGGGUUCCAGGAUCUGAAAUCAACUUUGAUAAUACUGUCACUGAACAAUCUAUGAGAACAAAAUUAGAUAAUCUGAAAUUGGAGAAUAAUCAGCUGAGAUAUGAGCUUACCGAACUGAAGGAGAAAAUGUCAAUUGAGGAGUUUGAGGUUCUUGAAAAUGAGACUGCAAAAGAGCAAGAGAUGCAACUAAUGCAUGAAAUUUCCAGCUUAAAGGCUAUAAUUGCAAAUGCUGAAGUUUACAAUCAAGAUCUUCAGGAGGAAAUAAAAUCAAAAGAUAUGCAGCUGAAAGAGCAGGCAAAUAAAGUGAAGGUGCUAGAGAACAAUGUUGCUGAGCUUAAAAAUCUCAUGGAAGAUGUAAAUGCUGAAAAUGGGAAGAGAGAUAGGUCCUUCUCAAUACAAAUACCAAAUAAAGGGCUGGAUGAAAUGCAGCAAAUGAAACAGUCUCUUAGUGAUGCUGAAGCAGUGGCACUGGAUGCUAAAAGAGAAUCUGCAUUCUUCAGAAGUGAAAACAUGGUGCUGACAGAAAAAAUGACACAGCUGUUGGAGUCUUACAGCAAAAUGGAAAAAGACAAUGAAUGUUACAGAAGGCAGUUAGAAGCUGGAAAAGUUACUUACAAAAAAAUGCAGUCUGACUUGCAGAAAGAACUCCAGUAUUACCUGCAGGAGAAUUCAAAACUGACAUCACUUUUGGAGGGGAAGGUUCCCAAAGACAUACUAUCCUGUAUUGAAUUGGAAAGAAAGAUCGAGGGUUUAAAAAAUGAACUGAAUAAAGCUCUGGAAGAGAAUACUGCUUUAAGGAAAGAACUAACUGUGUUAUCGGAGGCUGGCUCAGGACCUGACCUUGAAAUCUUCCAGAAAGAGAUUCUUGAAAAAGCUGAACUAAUUUCUUUAUUGACCUCCGAAAAAGAGAACUUGCUUUCUCAAGUAGCUGAAAAGGAGAGGUUGCUCCAAGAAGCAACUAAUGCAUUAAAAUCUAAAGAGGAUUUUACAAACACUGACAUAAUGAGAGCGAAUGACAUGGCUUUUCAAGAAUUGAAGCAUCACUGUGAUGAACUGGGUCAAAAAUUUAUGAUUGCAUCAGAAGAUAGCAAACAGAUGAAAGGCCAAGUAGAUCUUCUAUCUGAUGAAAAUCUCAAGCUAAACACAGUUGUUAACAAUUUAACGCUAGAACUUUCUAGCAAAAGCAAAGAGCUACAGCAGAAGAACUUGGAACAAAUUGAAUUCCUCAGCCUGAAAGAACAAUUUGAAGAAGCUCAUAAGAAACUAAGUGAAAUGGAUCAACUCAGAGAUCAGCUGAAAACUUGGGAGUCUAAGAUGGAAGCUGGAGAGAAAGAGAGGCUAGCCAUAACUCAGAAACUCCAUGAUAGUGAAGAGGAAAUAAUAGCACUGACCCAAGAAAGAAAUGAUCUGAAACAGAAGCAGGAGGCUCUUGAGCAGGAGAGAGACCAGAUCAAAGAAGAUAUACAGGAAACGGUGUCAAUAAACAUUGAGGUGCAAGAAGAACUGAGAGUUUGUCACAAUUCUCUGCAGCAGUAUCAGAAUCACAUUCAAGAACUGGAAAAAACUAUUGCAGAGGGAGAGUCACAAAUGUCUGAUGUCAGACAAUCUCUAGGAAUAACUAUUGAAGAACAGAAGCAACAGAUAUUGAAGUUAACCAAAGACUUGGAACAUUUCAAUGUGGAGAGAAAUCUAUCUAAACCUGUUGCAGACAAGAUAAGGUUGGAAGAAUGUGAUGAACUCCAGUUGAUGAAGGAACAAAUCUUUGCCCUUGAACAAGAGAGGGCAGCACUGCAACAGCAACUGGGAGCUCUGCAAGAAGAGACGAAUAAGCCCCUGGAAAGUUCUCAGUUGGUUGCCAGCAAGAAUGCAGAACUUGAUAUACAGAAAGAGCUGUAUCAAAGUGUGGAAAAACAGAAUGAAAUGGAAGAACCAAGUGAACAUUUAAAAUCUACUGAGUCUGUAAUAGAAGAAGAGCUAACAGACAAUGUGGGAGUAGCUCAGAACGAAGAGGCAAUAAGAGCUCUGAUCCAGGAAAGAGAUGAUCUGCGAGACAGGCAUAGUGCUCUGCAAACAGAAAGAGACCAACUCAAAGAAGAAACGCAUGCUACCCAAGCAAUGAUUAAAAAACUAGAGGAAGAGUGCCUUCGCCAGAAGCAAAGCCUUGAAUUGAGAGAAGAACAGAGUCAGGAAGAUAAAGGAAGGUUGGUUGAAAUGGAACAGUUGAAGGCCUCAGCCGAGUCUAAAAUGGAAGCCAUGGAGAAGGAAAAAGCAGAGUUGUCUCAGAAGCUGCACACUACUAUGGAGGAUAUGAGAUCUAUUACCAUGGAAAAUGCCAAUCUGAAAAUCACAGUAGAAAGUCUUCAGUCUGAGAAGGUCAGCAUGAUUCAAACUGUCCAUCGUCUGGGCGAGACUAUAGAAAGGACAGUUGCACGAAAUUUGGAACUGCAGGAGCAACUCCAACAUGCUCACUCUGCUAUUGAAGCACAUACCAAAAUGGUUGCAGAACUGAAAGGAGAAAUCGUAGAUAAGGAAUCUUGGUCUUUAGAACUUCAGAAGACGCUGAAGCAAGAGGUUGAGACAGAAAUGGAGAACUUGCAGGCACAAAUACGACAUCAGGAAGAGAAGAUUAAUAAUAUGAAUAGCAUUAUUGAUGAAAAGACAAAUUUGCUUCAGAAAUUGGAAGCAAAAUGUUUAGAAGAGAGUGAACAAGUAAGAGAGAAACUGAAUGAAGAAUUAAGCUUGCAUAUUCGUGAAAAGGAAAGAUUGGCAGCUGAACUUAAAGACCAAGCAGAUAAAGUGCAUCAACUAACAAGGGAGAAUUCUUUGCUUCAGAAAGAAAGAAAGAACCUUCAGGAGGAUUUGCAGAGCCUUAAAGCAGAAAAUGGCCAGCUUCAGGAAAAAUUGCUUGAAAAUACUGCAAAGUUCCCUGAAACAAAUGUCAAACAGGAACAGCAAGAUGACAUCAAAAGCUUGGAAGUAAAAGUAUUAAGGAUCAAGGAGGUUCUGAAAUCAUUCUCAAGCCUGGAAAAGAAAUCAGAAUAUCUUAAAACAAUGUCUCUUCAGAUUAAACAUGAACUCGACCAUCAGAAAUCAGUUGUAGCCAAAGGGCUUGCUGAUCUUCCAUCUCAACAAGCAAAAGCUGUCAAAAGGCUUCAAAUGGAACAUGGGCACAUAAGUAACAGUCUUCAUAGCUUGUUGAAUAAAUUUCAGUUCUUUUUUACUUGUAUAUGCAAGAAGAAGGCUGAAUACUACACUAAAGUCAGUACCUACACAACAGAGCUGCUUGAUGAGCGAAGAAAACAACUUGAGCUGCUCACUCAGAUUCGACAUCUCAAAAAGUGUAAUUUGGAAGAACACCAAGCCACGUCCCAUCAGCUCAACAUCUCUGAAUUGAACCAGUACCUGGAUCUAUACACAGAGAAAAUCUUGAAAGAUACUUCAGAAAUGGAAGAGGAACUUCUUAGUAUAGAAGGAAAGCUAAAACAACUGAAAAGUGAUGGUGAAGAGUCAAAACAGUAUUUGGAGCGUUGUUCAGUUCAUUUUGAUGUACAAGAUUUUGAGGGAGGCAUCCAGCAAGAUAAUGAAACACUCAUGUCUGUGGGUCGGUUCCUGAAUCCUAAAGCUCAGGCCUACAUUCAAGCAAAAUCAGAGCUAGACACCAGAAAUGCUGACUACUACAGAGAAACUGAAGUUGCCCUGAAAGUAUGCAGAGAACAAACCAAGGAACUGUUUCUGGAACUGAAUGCAUUUAAGGAAGAGGUUAAACUUAAGGAAGAACAAACCCUUCAUAGAGAUGCUAAUUUAGCACUAAAGGAAGAAAACUGUAAACUUGAAAAUAAAUUAAAAGCAGCAGAAGAAGGCAUAAAGAAUCUCAAGCAAAAAAUCCAAGAGCUAGAAAAUGGAGUAAAUGAAGCAGACAGAAAUCUCCAGGAAAAGGAAAAAAGAAUAGCCAUAUUACAGAUGGAACUUAAUGUGAGAACUUCCGGGAGUGAAGUGCCCAAACUUAAGGCUGCAUUAGAGGAAAAGGAGAAUGGCUUAAGAAUUGCACUGACAGAGAUGGAAUCACUCAAGGCCCAGCUAAAUAAAGGUGCUGAAUUGUAUAAGGAGGAAAUCGAGGACCUCAAAACUCAACUUGUAAAAGCUGAUAUGGCAAAAAUGAAACAGUCCAAAUACUUUGACCAGGAAAUGGCAAAUGCAAAAGCUCUUGCAGAAUAUAGAGAAGAACAGUUAAGAAAAUUAAAGGAAGAACUCCGGAAGGCUCAACAGGAUCAAGAUAUAACUGUAAUAUCAAACAAAGAUCUUCCUCAGCCAUCUCUGCCAAUUACUUGUGGAGGUGGAAGCGGCAUAGUACAGAAUACUCAACUGCUUGUGCUGAAAACUGAGCAUGCAAAACUGGAAAAGAAGUACAGUCAACUCCAGAAAGAACAUGAAAUUGUGUUAACGAAUGUGCUCAGCUUGAAAGAGGAGGCUAAGAAAUGGAAAGAUCGAGCUUUGAAAUCUAGGACACAUUCCUCAAGAGGCAUUGAUGAGGAGCAAAUACCAAAAUCUCCAAGGAAGACAGCACCUCCCUUGUUCUCAGAGUUGCCAGCUUCUCCCUCCAGAGAACGAAGUCUGAAACCAAUUUUGCCAGUGAACACCCCUCCUGCUGCACCAUCAGAUGGCCUCAGCUUCUUUGCUGAACCAAGCCUGGGAAAUCUAACAGACACAAGAGCCACAGUAGCAGAAUCUACAGAAAACAAUCUUAAACAUUGGAUUGCAACAGCAAAUAAAGACGAUGCUUCCAAAUGUAAAACACAAUAGCAGCCUGGUUGGUUUGUGGAUUCCAGAGAUGCUCAAUGGACAGGACAACUUCAUUAUUGAAGGACACUGCUUUGUCUUUGACCUGUAUUGUAUGUCAUUUCUGUGUCUUUUUCUUCCUUCUCCCUCCCUCUCUCUUUACCUAUUGCAGAUCAAUUUUGUACUGUAUUUUUA